AUGUCUGCUUGUAACACCUUUACUGAACACGUUUGGAAACCUGGUGAAUGCAAAAACUGUUUUAAACCCAAAAGCUUGCACCAGCUCCCCCCAGAUCCUGAGAAGGCACCCAUCACCCAUGGCAAUGUGAAAACGAACGCCAACCACAGUAACAACCAUCGCAUCAGGAACACUGCAAAUGUCCGGCCUCCGGUGGCCAAGAAGCCCACUAUAGCUGUGAAGCCCACUAUGAUGGUGGCAGAUGGGCAGAGUUUAUGCGGUGAGCUUAGCAUCCAAGAACACUGUGAGAAUAAACCUGUCAUCAUAGGGUGGAACCGAAACAGGACUGCCGUGACUCAGAAACCACUUAACAAUAACAAUGAAGAUGAUAUUGAAGGAUUUAGCCAUGCUUCUAAGCCUUACAGCAGUAAUGACAGUGCAAAGAAGGUAUCGAAUAACAAUAACGGGCUGACGGAAGUGUUAAAGGAGAUAGCCGGCUUAGAGAGCACCCCUCAGAUAGGAGGAAAUGAAACAACCUCUAGAGAAACAUUCUUAGGAAGAAUAAAUAAUUGCUACAAAAGGUCAUUGGAAAGAAAGCUUCCACCAAGUUGCAUGAUGGGAGGCUUAAAGGACACUCAGGGAAAGCAUGUCGUUCUGAGUGGGAGCACGGAAGUGAUCAGUAAUGAAGGGGGCCGCUUCUGUUACCCAGAGUUUUCAAGUGGUGAGGAAAGUGAGGACGAUGUUCUUUUCAGUAACGUGGAGGGAGAGCAUGAGAGCUGGGAUGAGAGUGACGAAGAGCUCUUAGCCAUGGAGAUCCGCAUGAGAGGGCAACCUCGCUUUGCUAACUUUAGGGCAAAUACUUUAUCUCCUGUUCGGUUCUUUGUGGAUAAAAAAUGGAAUACUGUCCCCCUGCGCAACAAAUCCCUGCAGAGAAUCUGUGCUGUGGACUAUGAUGAUAGUUAUGAUGAAAUCCUGAAUGGUUACGAGGAGAAUUCUGUGGUCUCCUAUGGACCUGGAAGCCUGCAGAGCAUGGUGUCGACUGACUCCACAUCACCAGACUCUUCUCUAACAGAAGAAUCACGUUCCGAGACUGCCAGUAGUUUAUCUCAGAAGAUUUGCAAUGGGGCCGUGUCACCUGGUCACCAGGGAGACUCAAAGAACCUGAAGGAAACGGAACCAAAGUAUGAAAGUCUCUCUGGCAGUAACCCAGAGGAUUCAGCACAGGUUUCUAAAAGCCCAGCAAAAGUUCCCGAGACACACAAAGCAGUCCUUGCCCUCCGGCUGGAAGAGAAAAAUGGCAAGAUUGCCGUACAAACUGAAAAGCAAGAAAGCAAAACCUCUACAGACAUUGCUGGCCAAGCAGUGACCAUAAGCCUCGUCCCUGUCGAAGAGCAAGCAAAGCCCUACCGUGUCGUAAAUCUAGAACAGCCACUGUGCAAGCCAUAUACUGUCGUGGAUGUGUCUGCAGCCAUGGCCAGCGAGCACCUGGAGGGCCCCACCCACAGCCCGAAGGUGAAAAGCUCAUCUUCUACUCCAAGCUCUCCUGUGACGGCCACGGCACUGACAUCAGGACAAGUAAGUGUGCCUUUCCAGAAAUCCAGUGCAAUCCGAUACCAGGAAGUGUGGACUUCCAGCACCAGUCCACGACAAAAGAUUCCCAAGGUGGAAUUAAUCAGUGGUGGAACAGGACCAAAUAUCCCUCCAAGGAAAAGCUGUCACAAAUCAGCACCUACAUCCCCCACAGCCACAAACAUCUCCUCCAGAACCAUCCCUGUGAAGUCACCUAACUUGUCUGAAAUAAAAUUUAAUAGUUACAACAAUGCUGGGAUGCCACCUUUUCCAAUUAUCAUCCAUGAUGAGCCAACUUACGCGCGGAGUUCCAAAAACGCUAUCAAAGUUCCCAUUGUAAUCAAUCCAAAUGCAUAUGACAAUCUAGCCAUCUACAAAAGCUUUCUGGGAACGAGCGGAGAGCUUUCCGUGAAAGAAAAGACCACAAGUAUUAUAAGCCAUACUUAUGAAGAAAUAGAAACUGAGAGCAAAGCGUCUGACGGCACCACUAGCAAACCCAUCGACUGUCCCCCAGCUAAGGUGGUUUCAAGCAGCACUGAGCGUAAAAGAGGCUCGGUGGCACAGAAGGUGCAGGAGUUCAACAACUGUCUUAGCAGAGGUCAGUCUUCACCGCAGAGAAGCUACAGUUCUAGCCACAGCUCCCCAACCAAGAUCCAGAGAACCACUCAAGAACCUGUGGCCAGAGCAGAAGGUGCUCAGGAGCCUCCAACCAUGGGCAGCAGCAGCAGCACCAGGGAGAAAGCAAGUGCUGUUCUAUCCCAGAUUGUGGCUUCCAUCCAGCCCCCACAGUCUCCUCCUGAAACACCUCAGUCUGGCCCUAAAGCCUGCAGCGUGGAGGAGCUUUAUGCUGUUCCUCCAGAUGCCGACACUGCCAAGAGCACUCCUAAGAGUACACCAGUCCGGCCCAAGUCUCUCUUUACGGCUCAGCCCAGUGGUGAGGCUGAAGCACCUCAGACCACAGAGAGUCCGACCACUAAGGCACACAAAGAUCCACUCUCGAAGAUAGUCACCUCCCCGCCCUCCAAAUUAGUAGCAAGCCCUCAGAAUGAGCCACCCCCUCCUUUCCCUCCUCCACGCUCCACUUCCUCUCCUUACCAUGCAAGUAACCUUUUGCAGAAGCAUUUCACCAACUGGACCAAGCCAACUAGCCCUACCAGAUCCACAGAAGCUGAAUCCAUUUUGCAUUCUGAAGGCAGUAGGAGGGCGACUGAUGCAAAACCUAAACGCUGGAUAUCUUUUAAAAGCUUUUUCCGCCGUCGAAAAGCAGAUGAGGAGGAUGACAAAGAAAAAGAGCGAGAGAAAGGGAAACUGGUAGGCCUGGACGGCACGGUCAUCCACAUGCUGCCCCCUCCACCAGUUCAGCGCCAUCACUGGUUUACAGAAACCAAAGCGGAGUCCAGUGAGAAGCCAUCCAUUGUCUUUAUGUACAGGUGUGACCCUGCCCAAGGUCAGCUCGGUGGGGAGCAGAGCCAGGCAGGCGCUGAGCAGACAGCAGCCAUGGACAAGGGUGGAAUGGAAGAUACUUUUCGACAAGACUCAGAGAAGAAGAAAAGGAGCCAUUCUUCUCCAUCGCACCUUCCUAAAAAAAUGUUCAGUCAUGUGACCCACGAAGUGACAAAAGAGGAUUUUUCUUCUCGGGAUCCAAGAACUGUGGUUGUGAAGCAAGAUGGUGGAGGCUCUGCUUCCAUCACACCAGCAUUGCCCCUACUUUGCAGUGAACUGGAAAAGGAAGAAGAGAAAGAAGAUAAUUCAGAUUCUAUGGAUCUGAGCCCUUGUAGUGCAACCUACAGUAAUUUAGGGCAAUCUAGAGCAGCCAUGAUCCCUCCCAAGCAUCCACGGCAGCCAAAGGCAGCUUCAGAUGAUGCCAUUUCCUUUGGGGGUAAAAUCGACCAAGAAGUACUAAAUGCUUUCCAGCCCACCCCACCCCCACUGCCAAAGAAAAUGAUCAUAAGAGCCAACACAGAGCCACUCUCCAAAGACUUCCAGAAGUCCCUAGAAAGUAGUCUUUAUGUUGUGGCCAAUCCUACUUAUGAUAUCGACCCCAACUGGGAUGCCAGCAGUGCUGGCUCUUCCAUCAGCUAUGAACUCAAGGGACUGGACAUUGAGUCUGGUGACUCCUUGGAAAGGCCUUUGCGCAAGGAGAAACCUCCACCCCUGCCUGCAAACAGCAUCUCCAGCUUCACUCUCAGUUUUAAGGACAGAUUUUCCAACAGCAUGGAGUCCCUGUCCAGCCGGCGUGGUCCCUCCUGCAGACAGGGCCGAAGCAUCCAGAAACCACAGAGACAAGCACUUUAUCGAGGACUUGAGAACCGGGAGGAAGUGGUGGGUAAAAUCCGAAACCUUUAUACAGAUGCUUUGAAGAAAUUGGCUAUUAAAUGCGAAGACCUCUUCAUGGCUGGUCAAAAAGACCAACUCCGUUUUGGGGUGGACAGCUGGUCAGACUUCAGGCUAACGAGCGACAAACCAUGUUGUGAGGCAGGUGAUGCAGUUUACUACACAGCUUCAUAUGCAAAAGAUCCCCUGAAUAACUAUGCAGUCAAGAUCUGUAAAAGCAAGCCUAAAGAAUCGCAGCAGUAUUAUCAUAGCUUGGCCAUCCGCCAGAGUCUGGCUAUCCAUUUUAACAUCCAGCAGGACUGUGGCCAUUUCCUCGCCGAAGUUCCUAACCGCCUCCUUCCCUGGGAAGAUCCUGAUGCCCCUGAAAAGGACGAGGAUAAAGAGGAAGAGCCAGACGAGGAGCUGAAGGGAGAGGCUGAUGGGAAAAGCCCAGAGGCCAGCUCUGAAGCAGAGUCCGCCCAGAAGGAUGGCCAGGGAGACGUGAGCAGGAAGCAGAGGAGCCACGUGGUGGUCAUCACCAGGGAGGUGCCCUGUCUCACGGUGGCCGACUUUGUGCGCGACUCCCUGGCCCAGCACGGGAAGAGCCCUGAUCUGUAUGAGAGGCAAGUGUGCCUCCUGCUCCUGCAGCUGUGCUCCGGCCUGGAGCACCUCAAACCCUACCACGUCACUCACUGCGACCUGCGCCUGGAGAACCUGCUGCUUGUCCACUACCAGCCCGGGGGCCCCACCCAGGGCCUCAGGCCUGCAGAGCCCAGCCCCACCCCGUCUGCUCCCACCAGGCUCAUUGUGAGCAACUUCUCUCAGGCCAAGCAGAAGAGCCAUCUGGUGGACCCCGAGAUCCUCCGGGACCAGUCCCGCCUCGCCCCAGAGAUCAUCACGGCCACCCAGUAUAAAAAGUGUGACGAGUUCCAGACGGGCAUCCUCAUCUACGAGAUGCUGCACCUGCCCAACCCCUUCGACGAGAACCCGGAGCUGAAGGAGAAGGAGUACACGCGGGCAGACCUGCCGCGCAUCCCGCUCCGCUCCCCCUACUCCCGGGGCCUGCAGCAGCUGGCCAGCUGCCUCCUGAACCCCAACCCUUCCGAGCGGAUCCUCAUUUCAGAUGCCAAAGGCAUCCUCCAGUGUCUCCUCUGGGGCCCCCGCGAAGACAUCUUCCAGACCUUCACCACCUCCCCCAGCCCAGCACAGAGGAGCGCCCUUCUUCAGAACUGGCUGGACAUCCGGCGAACGCUCCUGAUGAUCAAGUUUGCCGAGAAGUCCCUGGACAGGGAGGGCGGCGUCAGCCUCGAGGACUGGCUUUGUGCUCAGUAUUUGGCUUUUGCCACUACAGACUCCCUCAGUUGUGUUGUGAAAAUCCUCCAGCACCGUUAG